AUGGCUUCAUCUUCUUCCUCUGCUCCAUCUUCCCAAUCUCCAAAGAAAUAUGAUGUUUUUAUUAGCUUCAGAGGUGAGGACACCCGAUUCAACUUCACGAGCCACCUUCAUGAAGCUCUUCGCAGAAACCAAAUAUAUACAUACAUCGACUAUAGACUUGAGAAAGGAGAUGAGGUAUGGCCGUCUCUCGAGAAAGCCAUUAAAGAUUCAACUCUGUUCCUUGUGGUGUUCUCAGAAAACUAUGCAUCUUCCACGUGGUGCCUGAAGGAGCUUGCAAAAAUAUUAGAGUGCUCCAAAAAUCAAGGUUGCUUUGUUGUGCCGGUGUUCUAUAGAGUGGAUCCUUCACAUGUGAGGAAGCAGUCUGGGAGUUACAAGAAAGCAUUUGAAGAACAUGAGUGCAAAAGAAACAUCAACAAUCAACAACUGCAAAGGUGGAGGGAGGCUCUUACUCAAGCUGCCAAUUUGUGUGGUUGGCAUUGUGGCUUCAAUAGGGAUGAAGCGGAACUAAUUGAAGAAAUAGUGAAUCGAGUCAUGCAAAAGUUGGGCCCUAGGUAUCAAAGUGAAUAUUAUCUAAAAGGCUUGAUUGGAAUUCACAAAAGAAUGGCAGAUGUAGAAUCAUUGUUGGACAAAGGUUCAAACAAUGGUGGCUGUCAAUUCAUUGGAAUUUGGGGAAUGGGCGGUUUAGGCAAAACAGCUCUUGCAGAAGCAUUAUUUAACAAAUUAUUUUUCACAUAUGAAGGGUCUUGCUUUCUGAACGUAAUGGAAGAAUCAAAGAAAUAUGGAAUGGAUGCUUUAAGGAGAGAAUUCCUUUGGAGGUUAUUAGGGGAUAAAGAAUCUCACAUUGGCAAUGCAAUAUAUCCUCAUACCAUAAGUAGGCUCCGUCGGAAAAAAGUUUUAAUUGUGCUUGAUGAUGUUAAUGAUCGUGCACAAUUAGAAAAUCUAGUUGGAAGACUUGAAUUUGGACCAGGUACUAAAAUUUUAAUAACAACUAGGGAUAAGCAAGUGCUUGGUAAGGAAGUGGAUGAUAUAUAUGCGCUUCAUGGUUUGGAUCCUGAUGAAGCUUUUCAACUUUUCUCCUUGAAUGCCUUCAAAAAAGGCUAUAGUGAUCCAAAGAUAAGCGAGCUAGCAAAAAAAGUAAUUGAAUAUGCAGGUGGAAAUCCAUUGGCCCUAAAGGGAAGUAUUGAAGGCAUGAUUAUGGACCUUUCGGAAGUUGAAGAGACGGGCGUGAUUAUUAAAGCAUUUCGUUCAAUGCCCAAUCUAAAGUUUCUUAGGGUUUAUGGAAAUUUAAAUGUUCAGCUUAGGAACAAGUUAAAUGCUUCUGGCAUGAUGUUUUUGUCAAAAAACCUCAUGCUAUUGGAUUGGGUGGGAUGCCCUUUAAAGACCUUGCCGACAACAUUUAAGGGUGAAAAUCUUGUUGAAAUAGACAUGCCCUUCAGCAAAUUGACAAAACUUUGGGAUGGAGAGCAGAAUCUUGUGAAUUUAAGCAGAAUCGAUCUUCGUGGAUCACAAGACUUGAUUGAGCUCCCAAAUUUUUCCAAGGCCAUACAUCUUGUCCGAGUUACUCUCGAUUAUUGCACAAAAUUGCAGAAUGUUCAUCCAUCUAUUUUAUCUCUCCAUAGCCUUUCUUGUUUAGAGCUAACAGAUUGCAAAACCCUUGCCAGCCUCACAAGCAACACCCAUCUCAAAUCACUGUGUAUACUCAAAUUGACAGGAUGCUCAGGACUAAGUGAAUUUUCGGUGACCUCAGAAAAAUAUUGGAUUCGCUUGUCGCUUCAUGACGCAGCCAUCAAUGGUGAGUUGUGCUCAUCAAGCGGACACCUCAGCAGAAUUGGUGUUUUGGAUCUAGGAAGAUGCGAAAGUGUGACAAGUCUCCACAAAUUGGUUGACAUGCGCACCCUUGAACGCCUUGAUGCUGAUUAUUGUAAUAAGUUAGCAUCAAAUCUGUGUUCCAAAUUUGAUGAGAUGCGUGCUUUGCACUUUCUACGGCUGACUAAUUGUAGUGAAUUAUAUGAAGUUCCUGACAACAUCAGCUUGUUGGCGUCAUUAAAUCUGUUAAAUCUCUCGUGGAGUAAUAUAGAGACCUUGCCUUUAAGCAUCAAACAUCUUUCAAGCCUGCAACGUCUUUUCUUCAAGGGAUGCAAAAGGCUUCGGUCUCUACCACAACUCCCUCCCUCUAUCUCACUACUGGACGUCAAUAACUGCCUGUCCCUUGAGACUUUACAUGUACCUUUAAUGAGUGUACAUUUACCUUUGAUUGAAGAUAGAGGAGACCUAUUAUAUUAUGAAGAAUUCAGUUUCAGAAAUUGCAUGAAGUUGGAUGGGCAGUCAAUCAAAGCUGUUGAGGCCAGAGUGCUACUUGCCAUAAAUAACAACAAAGCCAUUUAUUUCCAGGCUAAUAUGGAAUAUCCGGGAAGAAGAGUUGCAGAGUGGGUCAUGUAUAGGACUACACAGUCUUUCCUGACUGUGGAUCUCAGUUCGAUUCCACAACCUUGGGAUGGCGGUUUCAUUUUUUGCGCCGUCAUUUCUGGAUCAUCAUGGUGGACAAAUAUUACAGCCGAAUUGUUUAUUGAUGGUCAACAUGCUUCCACGUUUGAGCACUACUCUCUCGGUGAGUACCUGUUAUCAGAUCAUGUUGUUCUUUGGUACGAUCAAAGGCAGUGUCGAGAAGUACAAGGGAAAAUUGAAGAAAAGAAAAUAGAAGCCCAAAGCAACACUUCUUAUCAUCCAUUGCUUCAAUUUGAAUUCGCAGCCUUUUCGCGUGAUGAAACAACAGUAGAGAUCAAAGAGUGGGGGGUGUGCCCGACAUCUGCAGUUGAAUAUCAAAAUUACAUCAAACAAAUUCAAUUGGCAUUAUUGCAUUGCAAAUCGGCCUCUCGAAAGCGCAAAUAUCACAGCUUACUUCGAUGA